AUAUGUUAUUUUAGGCCCCUGGUUAGUGUCGACCCCGGCCACCAGGGGGUUACAAAUCCUUGUACGUGUCUGGUCGGGUCAGCUGAUUGCGCGGGGGGAGUUUCUCUGCCUCUACUCCCGGCCUGUGGCAGGUAGUUUAGCUCUACCUGAAGUAAUAUGCUGCCUAAACCAAAACAGAUAACUCUGAAAGGCCGAGGUUUUGCUGCAGGGGAGAUGUUUUCCUUGCCGAUCCUGAAGUCCAUCACCACCGGCGGCCCAGGACCGGGGUCCGCCAAUGUUCUUAAUUCCAUGGGUUGGAAUGGAAAGAUUGUAGGCUCUGUAGUCCUCUGGCUAUCAAAUGACAACACUUCCGUUUUUAGAGGUCAAUUCUCCCUACUUGGCGAAUUCCUCCCUGAACCUCUGAUUAUUCCUGCCAAAAAACUCUGGCCAAACGUCAGUGAUACCAUAUCCUUAUCAAUUAACCUGUCUUCUCCGGACCUGUUCUUAUACCCGGACUCCCUGACCUCGGAGUAUGUCGACGAAUCCGAUAUCAACCACCUUUUCUUCCGGAACAACAUAGCCUCCAACUCAGCCCUCACAGAUGAAGAGCUGAUUACUGCUGAGGUGAAUGAGAUCUCAAGCUCCGAUACAGAGCAUAGUCCUGUAGUUCAACCUAAACCUGGAGCUAGAAAAUCGAUUAGUAGAGAACUAGCCAACCUUGCCAUAAAUAGUCCUGCCGCAAAUAUUAGAUCUAAGAAACGAGAGUCUAGUGGACGACCGGUCUUGAAACCUAGUCGACGUAAACGAUCUAUUGAAGGGUUGGGACAGGAUGAUUCUGAUAUGGAGAAUAUCUCCGACAAUAUGGUUCCUGCCGCUAAACUAGCAGGGGUGGAGAAAAAGUGUCAAGAUCUAACCAAUAAAUUAAAGGCCAUGGAGCAGAAGGUGAGUCCAACAGACUGAUCACCUCACCCAAGAGGUGCGUGCUCUCCGGUCCAAUCUGGAAAAGGGAGUAAAGUCUAAGAAUCCUGAAACUCCGCGGAUUCUCCGAAACCGGAACGGGAACACGGAAACCCCGGUUAGUGGAACCAAGAGAAAGAGAUGAGAGACAGAGAACAAGGUUCCCAUGAAGCGGGAAAGAACUGUCACCUGGGCAGGGCGAACCAAACUCCAGCCGAAGGAUGUGGGUAAAUCUGUAUUGAAACCCGCACAGAAAUAAAUAACAGGAAUCGAAACCACUCUGCUAUCAAAAUUAAGCCGAGCAAAGAUUGGAUUAAGACGGAAAUGAUGAUCCGAGUGCCUUGUGGCGCCUGAAAUUAUAAUUGUACUUAUAUUUUUAUACCUCACUAGCGGCUAUAUCGUGACCUAAGAAGUAUUUUAGAGAAAAUUUAAAACUUUUUGUUGAAUUUGAAUUGUUUAAAAUAAUGCUUAAAUUGAAGCAGAUGUAAACAAUCAUAAAGUACACUACACACACACUAGUACGUUCUGUAAAUACAUACUCUGAAAUCUGUAUAUAAAUUAAAUAAAUGCAUCCUACAUUGUAAAUUUGAAGUAGUAAUUAUGAACUAAACAUUUAAACUCGUGUAUUUGUGAUUUCGAUUUUUUAUCAAACAAUUUACAAACAGAUCGUAAAAAGAGUACUUUAUUUUUCGACCAUUUUCAUUUUAUUACAUUUUGUGUUGUGUCAUGUUCA